AUGUUUCCACGCCAACUCUUUUUAUCACAUGUAAAUCGUGAAAGUAUUAUUAAAAGAAUACUUUCUAGCAUGGGUUGCUCACCAGACUUCAUUGAACGUGUUACACCUGAUAUCUCCUCUUUUGCUUCAGACAUGGUUACUAAUCCAUGCAAUGCUAGUACUAGUAAGGUACUAACUAUGGUUUUGGUCAUUCUUGUUACUACCCCUUAUGAUGAACGUGAAGAGAUUGAUCGCGCUUUAAAUGAAUCUUUAAUCCAAGAAACUUCAAGAUUUAAGCCUGCAAGUAAAUCUUGUAUUGAUGGGUUAAAAAGAAUGAGUUUUGAGGAUUCGUGUUCAAUGAAAGACUGCAUGGUGGCUAGAGACGAGCCACUUGUGCCCUUUAUGCCGGUUUGCCAUGCCUUGAUGAUUAAAGAUUAUGGUGGGGAUUUAGUUUCUGGUAUAAUCACUCCAUUUAUUACGAAGCCAACUGAAGAUUUGUUGAAUGCAGAGUGCCUGUUGUGGAUUGUUCUUGUAACAAUUUCUUUUCAUGAAAUCUUUGUCAACUUGAAUGUUGGUAUUAGGGAUUUGUAUUUGCUGAAAUGGGUUACUUCAGCUUCACAUUCAGCUUGUUCAGUGAAGGAGACCCAGAUGGAACAUUUUAGGAAUCUAGAUGCCCUAGGAAGUAUUAAGGCCAAUAUCCUGUGCAAGGGGGCCUGUCUUGGGCUUAAUACUCUGUGGGAUUUGAGAAGGAUUUUUGUUUCUGUUUCUUCUUCCAAAACAUCAUCUGCUGACGCAACUGGGGUUUAUGUUGUUGAUAAAGGUCUUAUGGAAUGGAAUUCAGACAUUUCCGCUGCAGAAAUUCGAUUGGAAUUGCUUGUGGUGCAUAUGGGUGCGUGUAGAACAGAAAUAACAAAAUCUCCAGCGAUGAAGAGCCAAGAUGUUAGGCGGAAGAUGGAUGGUAUUGAAGUCAAAUAUAAAAGUGCCACCGUAUGGGAAGAUCGGUUUUGUGUCACCAGUGGACAUGUUUGA